AUGUCGAAUUUUGGCCCUAUUGAUACCAGUGUUUUGUACGGGCAAUUAAAUCACAGAACAGAAGAUGUGUCCGAAAAUCCGGAUACAACUUUAUCAGUACGACGUGGUGAUAUUGCUUUUUUUCGCGUCCUGCAACUAGCACCACGUCAUAUUCGUGUUUUACAAGUACUCCAAAAUAUGGGGUUUCUUGGUGUUUUGCAAUGUGGGCAUGUUGAAAUUGACACCCACUUGAUCACUGCUUUGGUAGAGAGAUGGCGCCCGGAGACACAUACUUUCCAUUUUUCGGUGGGUGAAGCUACUAUAACACUGCAAGAUAUCGCCAUCCUGUGGGCACUCCCGGUGGAAGGUAAUCUUAUUACCGGGAUAGAUACAAGGUGUAGUACCGCACGUAUAUGUGCCAUGUGCAUUCUUGGUGGAGUGUUGUGUCCUGAUGCUACGGGGAACACCGUGUCAUUAUUAUAUCUGCGGCAUAUGGAAAACAUACACGAGCAGUAUGUAUCAAAUUGGGGUUCUGCAGUGUUGGCAUAUCUCUACCGGGAGCUAUGUACAGCAUCACAACGAGGGAAAAAUAAUAUUGGCGGUGCCAUGCAAUUAUUACAGAUAUGGGCAUGGUCUCGCAUCAUAACACUUGCCCCCAUCGAGUGA